UCUUUCUUGACGUGUCGAAAAUUUGACAGUUUCCACCAUGUUGUUAUUUGGCGGUGUGCAUGUAAUUUCUUGUUCGUUGAUUGUAUCCCUUCACCGGAAGUAAACAAAAACACGUGAAAAAUGUUGGAAAAAAAUAAGAUCGAAGGGGCCGUAGAUGCAGUGUUAACUUUAAUGAAAGCUAAAGAUGACAUCGGUCUUGUUGAUCUGCCAAAGAAGAUUGACUUGCAGUUCAAUAUAAAACGGAUACCUAAGAUCAAGCACAAGAACAUUCCAGUGGAAUUACCAACAUCCAUACAUUAUGAUUUGAGAGAAGUGUGUAUAUUUGUAAAGGAUCUUAACAAGAAAAACAGGGAGUAUGAUGCUACUGUACAGCAUUACGAAGAUCUCUUUAGAAAACACAAGAUUGAUUCAAUCAAUAAAAUUGUUCCAAUUAAAGCACUGCGUACAGACUAUAGUCUACCAUCUAGCAAGGUACAGUUGGCCAAGGCCUAUGAUCUAUACCUGGGAGACAGUAGUGUGAUGGGCCUUCUACCUGGUAUUCUAGGAAAAAUAUUCUACGCCAAGAAAAAGACAGUUCCUGUGAAAGUAGAUCUAGAUGCUAAAGAUUUGAAGACAGUUGUGGAUAAGGCUGUAAACAAUACAAGAUGUACUCUCCAAGGCACAGGAUCUUCAUGUUUAGUAACAGUUGCCCAUGAUAAGAUGAAGAAGGAACAGAUAGUAGGAAAUGUUGAAGCAGCGUGUAAACAGUUAAUGGAGCAGGUACCUGGUGGCAAGAGUAACAUACGUAACAUGUACAUCAAGAGUACGGACACAGCAUCUGUACCAAUAUACUUAGAUACUGAGUCGGCAAAUAAGGUGAAACUUCCAGCAGUGAAAGAGAACAAAGUUGCCGAAUUUGUAGACGAGAUAACUACAGUAGAAGGUGGCAAGGUAAUGGUUCGAGGGGAUGGUCAGGUUAUUGUCCUUAAAGAUAAGAAAAAUAAGCAAGGAGGUAAAGAAAAGCCUAAAAAAACACAAGGAGAACCAGAGGGUUCUGAAAAUGUCGAGGGAAGUCAAGAAGGUCUUAAAGUGGCACAAGUUGCUGCAGAAAUCAUGGAAGACAAAAAUGAAGAAUUAGAUGCAGCAGAAGGUAAAGAUAUUGAUGAAAAUGAUGUUGAAGUUCAUGACUCAGAUAAUUCAGAAGAUGAUGAUGAUGUCGAAAAAGAUGACACUGUUCAGACAAAAAGGAGUAAGAAAGUAGUUGCAAAGUCUGGAAAAAGACAACAGAAAAGGAAGAGCUUGGAAGGCAAUGAUGAGGUUACUGUUGAAAAGAAGAAACAGAAAUGGACUGAAGUUGCCACUAAAAGAGAAUCUGACAAGAAGUUGAAUAAGAGAAGUAGAAAAGCAAGAAAAACUUGAAAAACAAUGACUGGAUAUUUUAAUAUGUUAUAAUUUUAGCAAGUUGACACCAAUGCAGAAAAAGGGGGACGACUCUUUGAAGUUGAACACUAUCAAUUAACAUACAAAAAUAUAAUAAAUCAAAGAGCCCUGUUAAAGAAAUGUGACAUGAGAGGAAUGCAAAAUAAAUAACAUAUUUUAAAAUGGUGAAAUGAAUUUUUAAUUUAUGUACUGUACUGUAAAUUAUUAAAAUGAACUUCUAAUUUACAUACUGACUGUAUUUUUGAAUUGUAAAAAAAAUAAUAUUCUAAUUAUGUACCGUAUACCCUCUCAUGGAUUCUAAUUCUUUUAAAAGACAGGCAUCAGGUUCAGUCAACAUUUACAAAACUUUGUAAACAUUUUUUAAGACCCUAUUGAAGCCACUACAUAUUCAGAUAUAUUUAUAAUGUAAGCAAAUGUUUAUGUAAGGUGGGUUUAGAAAACUAAUGGUACAAAUUCAUGUUCUGCAUCUAAUGCUCCAUUACAUGGUUAAAUUAAGAAGAUUUUAUACAUGUACCUCUGUUUUGCAUAUUCAAUUAAUAAAUCAAGUUGUAAAGAUAAUUUUGCUAAAUAAAAGCUUGGGCUAUCAUCACCACA